AGGUGUGCAGAAUGCCCCACAAGAUUGGAUUCGUAGUGGUCAGCUCUUCUGGACACGAAGACGGCUUCAGUGCUCGGGAACUAAUGAUCCACGCACCCACCGUCAGUGGAUGGAGGUCACCAAGAUUCUGCCAGUUCCCACAAGAAAUUGUUCUUCAGAUGGUGGAGAGAUGUCGAAUACGAAAACUGCAGUUACUAGCCCACCAGUACAUGAUUGCCAGUAAGAUCGAGUUCUACAUUAGUGAAAGCUUGCCGGAAUAUUUUGCGCCAUACCAAGCAGAGCGAUUUCGCAGACUUGGCUACGUCUCUCUCUGUGACAAUGAAAAGACUGGUUGCAAAGCCCGGGAACUGAAGUCUGUUUAUGUGGAUGCAGUAGGGCAGUUUCUCAAGCUGAUUUUUCACGAAAACCACGUCAACAAAUACAACAUAUAUAAUCAGGUUGCUUUGGUUGCGAUAAAUAUCAUUGGAGACCCUGCAGAUUUUGGUGACAAGAAUAAUAUUACCUCUAGAGAGAAGCUAAUUGACCAUUAUCUUGGGCAUAACCCUGAGGACCCGGCCCUAGAAGGAACUUACGCUGGGAGAUCUGACUACAUCUCCCCCCUUGAUGACCUGGCUUUUGACAUGUACCAAGAUCCUGAAGUCGCCCAGAUCAUACGCAGGCUGGAUGAGAGGAAGCGGGAAGCUGUCCAGAAGGAGCGCUACGAUCACGCCAAGAAGCUGAAGCAGGCCAUCGCCGACUUGCAAAAGGUUGGCGAGCGCCUGGGGCGGUACGAGGUGGAGAAGCGCUGUGCAGUGGAGAAGGAAGACUACGACCUGGCCAAGGAGAAGAAGCAGCAGAUGGCGCGCUACCGCGCCCAGGUGUACGAGCAGCUGGAGCUGCACGGCCUCCUGCAGGGGGAGCCUGAGACGCGAAGGCCUUUCGCCCUGCCCCUCCAGCCCCUCGCACAUCCUGGCAGUCCCCGCCACCAGAAGCCAGUGCCCUCGCCACCACAGCCAGAAGAGGCGGUGCCAGAAAACCUGCCUGCAGACCCCUUUCUUCAAGAGAAACUCUCAUCACACCCCCUGGAGACUCUUCCCCGGUGCUUUGCCGCAGACCCAUCGCCUCCCGCCGCUGGCCCUCUGCCACGAAACCCUGUGGAGACUCUGCCCUAUGACGAACGGCCCCUUCCAGCCUCUCGCAAGCCGCAGGGGGACACCUCAGGGGAGCCCGAAAUAAGCCAGGCAGACUCGCGGGGCGCUCAGAGGGGAGGCGGCACCGUGGAGCCAGAGCCCUUGACAGAAAAGGCCUUGCGAGAAGCCAGCUCCGCCAUUGACGUGCUGGGAGAGACGUUGGUUGCCGGGGCCUAUUCCAAGACGUGGUCCUGCCGAGAGGAUGCGCUGCUGGCUCUGAGUAAAAGGCUGAUGGAGCUGCCCAUCGGAACCCCAAAGGAAGAUUUAAAGAACACUCUGAGAGCGUCCGUCUUCCUCAUCCGAAGAGCCAUGAAGGACAUUGUGAUCUCGGUCUUUCAGGCAUCUCUGAAGCUGCUGAAGAUGAUAAUCACGCAGUACAUUCCCAAGCAUAAGCUGAGUAAAGUGGAGACGACACACUGCGUGGAAAGGACUCUGCCCGCACUGCUCACCAGAACCGGAGACUCCUCCGCCCGCCUUCGGGUCAUGGCUUCCAACUUUAUCCAGGAAAUGGCCCUGUUUAAGGAGGUCAGAUGUCUGCAGAUCAUCCCGCCUUCCUUGGUGCAGCCGCUGAGAGCAAACACUUCCGUCCAUCUGGCGAUGAGCCAGGUGGACCUGCUGGCCCGCCUGCUGAGGGACCUGGGCACGGAGAACUCGGGCUUCACCGUGGACAACGUGAUGAAGUUCGCAGUGAGCGCCCUGGAGCACAGAGUGUAUGAGGUUCGAGAGAUGGCGGUACGGGUGAUUCUGGACAUGUACCAGGAGCACCAGGCCCUCACCCUAGAGUACCUCCCUCCAGACGACAGCAGCACACGCCGGAAUCUUCUCUACAAGACGAUUUUUGAGGGAUUUGCUAAAAUAGAUGGCAGGCCCACGGAUGCUGAAAUUAGGGCACAGAAAAGAGCAGCUACAGAAGAAGCAGAAAAACAAAAGAAAGAGGAAAUCAAAGUUCUGCAGGGGCAGCUGGCGGCCCUGAAGGAAAUUCAGGCUGAAGUCCAGGAGAAGGAGAGUGCAGCGGUGAUGCCCGCCAUUCAGGACCCUCAGGGAAGGAGAGUGGCCCCGCCUGCUGCCCCGGACGCCCCGGACGACCAUUAUUUGGAUAAUCUCUGCAUUUUUUGUGGGGAGAGGAGCGAGUCCUUCACCGAGGAGGGCCUGGACCUGCACUACUGGAAGCACUGCCUCAUGCUGACAAGAUGCGGCCACUGCCGGCAGGUAGUCGAGAUCUCAAGCCUGACAGAGCACCUGCUGACAGAAUGUGACAAAAGGGAGGAGUUUGGAAAGUGCCACCGCUGCAGCGAGGCCGUUCCCAAGGAGGAGCUGCCCAGACACAUCAAAGCCAAAGAGUGCAACCCUGCUAAGUCAGAGAAGCUGGCGAACCGAUGUCCUCUGUGCCAUGAGAAUUUCACCCCCGGCGAAGAGGCCUGGAAGGCCCACCUGAUGAGCCCCGCCGGCUGCACAAUGAACCUGCGCAAGACCCACAUCCUGCACAAGGGCCCAGUGCCAGCGCAGGGUGAAGGCCCCACCGCAGCCAGGUCGUGUCCGUCUGUGGCCAAGAUCGGAAGUAAGAUCCCCACCCCCAAAGGAGGCCUGAGUAAGAGCUCUCGCAGGACGCACACCCAGCGGUGACAGGCCUCUGCCUCCUGUGUCUUCAUUUCCUGAUUCUAAACACAUCUGAAACUCUCUUGCA